GCGCUUGCCCCCCUGGGCCCCGACUGGAAGUGGAUGCGGCGGGUUUGCAUGGAGCACUUGCUGACGACAAAGCGGCUGGAGUCCUUCGCGGUGCACCGUGCCAAGGAAGCGCGCCACCUGGUGCAGCAGGUGUGGAGAAUGACGGCGACCCAGGGUGGCACGGUGAAUCUGAGGGAGGUGCUGGGGGCUUUCUCUAUGAACAAUGUGACGAGGAUGCUGCUGGGAAAGCAGUUCUUUGGCGAGCAGCAGCAGUCAGCAAGCUGCAGUGGGGGUGAAGCGAUGGAGUUCAUGUCCCUCACUCAUCAGCUCUUCCAUCUGUUGGGCGUGAUCUACCUGGGAGACUAUCUCCCAGUGUGGAGAUGGAUUGACCCGUACGGGUGCGAAAAGAAAAUGCGGGAGCUUGAGGGCAGGAUCGAUGCAUUCCACAUCAAAAUCCUACAAGAGCACAAAAAGAACAAGAGAGUUGAUCCCAUGGAUUUUGUUGAUGUUUUGCUGUCCUUGCCUGGUCAAAACGGGAAACCCCACAUGGACGACGUCCAAAUUAAAGCUCUGAUUCAAGAUAUGAUAGCUGCAGCGACGGACACAUCAGCAGUCACGAACGAAUGGGCAAUGGCAGAGGUGAUAAAGCGGCCGCGCAUCCUGAAGAAGAUUCAAGAGGAGCUGGACAGCGUGGUGGGUCAGGACCGAAUGGUGUCAGAGAGCGACCUGCCCCACCUGCCUUACCUGCGUUCUGUGGUGCGAGAGACAUUCCGGACCCACCCGGCCGGCCCCUUUCUGAUCCCUCACGAGUCGACGCGCGCCACCACCAUCAAUGGAUACCACAUCCCCGCCGGGACGCGCGUCUUCAUCAACACUCACGGCCUGGGGCGAAACCCUG